AAGGCAACUAUCAGCUCUACUAUCACGCCUACGCCAUCGUGAUCCAAUAACAUUGAAUUAACCAAUUCACCUCGCUGACCUUAGCCACUUCUCAUCCUUAUAUUAAAGUGACCGCAUCGUAACUUAUCGUCUUCCGAUACCUCCAGCAGAUCAGCAUGUCAGACUCCGAUGACCAUGAUGAAGACCAUGAGUACCAGAGCUUCGAGUUUGAGAGUGACUACGAAGACGAGUACUUUGACAAUCAAUCAGAAAACAGCAGCAGCUCCACCAGAUCUCAUAAUGAACGUGUCUCGCCAUCCAAAACUUCUACUUCAUUCAACGAAUGGACUUUACCCAAAUUUAUACUGACAGUCUUUCUCGACAAGUACCAAAAGCUCAAAGACAGCAAGCUUGGUGGUUGCACUGACGAUGAUCUCCUCAUAUUACUACACUAUAAGCGUUGGCAAGCAGACGAAGUCAUCAACGACUUUUUUGAUAAUCCAAAGAAACUAUUCGAGCAGGCAGGAUUGCCCGUACCUCCGCAAAAGUCUGCAAAUCAUUUGAAGAGUACAACAAGCUUUGACUGCUCCGUUUGCUGUGAAUCAUACAAGCAAGUCAUGGUAUACGAGUUAUCUUGCUCGCAUAGAUACUGCUUGUUCUGCUACCACCAUUACAUUUACAAUGAGCUUUCAACAGGAAAGCUAAUACACUGCAUUCAACCUGACUGUGCUUUGACAAUACCGCAUGGCGAUAUAGAUAAAAUUUUUGACAUAGUUGAACAUGAUAGUUCCAUUAUCAAGAUCACCAAGCCUUUGAAUGAAAACAGACUUCUAGUUGCAAGUGCUAAGAUCUUUGUGGAUAGUCAAAGUACAUACAAAUGGUGUCCUGCUCCUGAUUGCAAGGGCUUCACGGAAUUAGUGAGUUCUGCCACUUUUGAUGAAGCCACUCUGGAUUAUAAAGAUAUAUCGAUCAUUCCUAUAGUUAGGUGUGCAGAAAGCCAUGAGUUCUGCUUCAGCUGCAAUUACGAAAAUCACUUGCCGUGUCCUUGUUGGGUGGUCAAAAAAUGGAUAAAAAAGUGUCAAGAUGAUUCCGAGACGAUUAAUUGGAUAGAUGCAAAUACCAGUGCAUGUCCAAACUGUCUUUCUUCUAUCGAAAAAAACGGAGGGUGCAACCAUAUGACUUGUAAAAAGUGCCACCACGAGUUCUGCUGGGUUUGUCUCGGAAAUUGGAGUGAACACAAUAACAGUUACUACAAGUGUAACAAAUUCGAGCAAGAUAUGAGUGAGAUUGAAAUGAAAAAAUCAAAGAGCAGAUUGACUUUACAGCGCUAUUUGCAUUUCUACAAGCGUUUCACCAUCCAUGAAAGCUCCAUGCAAGGAGACCUAAAGGUUUUGAAGCAAAUCAACAACGUUGCUGUCAUGUAUCUUGAAUCCAGAAGAAAAGACAGCUCGGUAACCAGCUUGGCCUGGAGUGAUAUCCAAUUUUUGCCCGAUGCCAUCCGGGCAUUGUCUAAUGGUAGAAAGACCUUAAAGUGGACCUAUUGUUUCGCAUACUAUUUGAUGGAUUCCAAUUUCCAGGAAAUCUUCGAGAGUAAUCAAGAUUACCUCAAUCGCACGGUUGAGGAUUUAUCGGAGAUAUUCGAGAAGAUCACCACCACCAGCACCAAGGGCGACUCCGACAUUGUCAAGUUGAUCAUGAAGAAUAAGACCAAGAUCAUCAACUUGAGCAAUACCAUCAGCUUGAGGCAGAAGACCUUGAUCGACGGUGCAUAUCACAAUUUGAAAGAGGGGCUCAUGAAGUUUGAUGCCUAG